AUGGAGCGGGAGCUCAAGGCUGCCGGCGUGACCUCGGUGGACGCUAAGAUCCAGAAGGCUCGAGCGAACGCCAAGGGGGGCGGAAAGAAGGGCAAGGGCAAGAAAGACGACUCCGACAUCAGCGACGACGACGACAGCGACGACGACAGCGAUGAUGCGCUCCUGCCCGGCGAGGAGGAGGAGGACACCGACAGCGAGGCCGAGGAGAUCGAAGACGACAGCGAGGACGAGGACGACUCCGAGGAUGAUGAUGAUGAAUCCGAGGGGGAUGAGGAUGAUGACUCCGAGGAGGAGGAAGAAGACGAGGAUGAUGAUGAGGAGGAGGAAGAAGAAGAAGAAGAGGACGAAGAGGAGGAGAAGGAGGACAUCGCCCCCGACACAGGCGCGUUCACCGAGCGCGCGGUGGUCAAGGGCAAGAAUGGCGAAAAGGACACCACGUUCAGCGCCGCCAACUUCACCGAGCUCAACCUCUCCCGCCCGCUGGUCAAGGCGUGCGGCGCCCUCGGCUACGCCUCGCCCACGCCCAUCCAGGCGGCGGUCGUCCCGCUCGCGCUCACCGGGAGGGAUAUCUGCGGCCGGGCGGUGACCGGAUCGGGUAAAACCGCGGCGUUUAUGUUACCGUGCCUGGAACGCAUGCUCCACCGCGGCCCCAAGCCCGUCGCCGCUACGCACGUGCUGGUCCUCGUGCCCACUCGAGAACUCGCCGUGCAGGUGCACCAAAUGACCGAGCGACUGGCGCAGUUCACCUCCGUCCGCGCCGCGUUGGUCGUCGGAGGUUUGAGCGCCAACGUGCAGGCGACGAGCCUUCGCUCCCGGCCGGAGGUGGUUGUCGCGACGCCGGGGCGCCUCAUCGAUCACGUGCGCAACACGCACAGCGUUGGCCUCGAGGACCUCGCCACGCUGGUGCUGGACGAGGCCGAUAGGCUGCUGGAGAUGGGUUUCCUGGAGGAGAUUCGCGAGAUUGUCCGACACUGCCCUAAGCGAAGGCAGACCAUGCUGUUCUCCGCCACGCUCACCUCGGGCGUCGAGGAGCUCGCCGAGUUUUCGAUGAAAAAUCCCGCGCGUCUCAGCGCAGAUCAGAUCGGAACCACCCCCGGCACCCUCACCGAGGAGGUGCUCCGGCUAAGGCCGGGCGCGGCGGCGAUGAAGGAGGCUCACCUCCUGGCCAUCGUCGCGAGGACGUUUACAAAGCGGUGCAUAAUCUUCUCCAGGACCAAACAACAGGCGCACAGGCUCAAGAUCAUCAUGGGCAUUCACGGCCUGAAAGCUUGCGAGCUUCACGGUGAUUUGACGCAGACGCAGAGGCUCGCGGCGCUCGAGGAGUUCAGGACCGGCGAGGCGACGCACAUGGUUGCCACCGACGUAGCCGCCCGAGGUUUGGACAUCGCCGGCGUCGACGCCGUCGUCUCUUACGACGCGCCCAGGACGCUCGCUUCGUACCUGCACCGCGUGGGACGCACGGCACGCGCGGGUCGUAAGGGAACCGCCCUCACGUUCAUGGAGGAGAGCGAUCGUAAGCUGAUCAAGGCUGUAUCCAAGCGCGGGAGCAAGCUGGUGGCGAGAUCGCUGCCCACUCACGUCGUCGAGGACUUUCACGCCAAGAUCGAGGGCAUGGGCGAGGCUAUCAAGGAAGUCGAGAUGGAGGAACGCGCGGAGAAGCACCUGGCACGCGCCGAGAUGGAGGCGAUCAAGGCUGAGAACCUGAUGGAGCACCAGAAGGAGAUUCACUCGCGGCCGCAGAAAACGUGGUUCCAGUCAGAGCGGGAGAAGAAACUGGGGCAGAAGGCGAGCCUAAAGGCGGCGGAGCGCGAGGAC